CAAACUGCAUAAAACGUCUGACGGAUUCUUACUAAAUCAACGUCCUUGACAAGGUUGAUUUUCUGAACAUGGCAAGCCGGUUGCUGAGGAAAGCGAUUGUCUGCUUUUCUGAAAAGGUGACACCACAAAGUCUUUCAUCAUGCAGACAGAUGUCUUCUGGUGUUCACCAGAUCACCAUGAUACCAGGAGAUGGCAUUGGUCCAGAAAUAUCACAGUCUGUUAAAGAUAUCUUCAGUGCUAGUGGGGUACCUGUGGAAUGGGAAGAUGUUGAUGUCACCCCAGUAAAAGGUCCUGAUGGAAACUUUAGACUACCUCAAAAAAUAUUUGACUCUAUGAGUAGAACAAAGGUUGGACUGAAAGGUCCAUUGGCAACACCAAUAGGAAAAGGUCACCAGUCCUUGAACUUAGCACUUAGAAAAGCUUUUACAUUAUAUGCCAAUGUAAGACCAUGUAAAUCUAUAGAAGGUUUUAAAACACCAUACAACAAUGUAGAUCUGGUGACAAUUAGAGAAAAUACAGAAGGAGAGUACAGUGGAAUAGAACAUAUAAUUGUUGAUGGUGUAGUACAAAGUAUAAAAUUGAUAACAGAAGAAGCUUCAAUGAGAGUGGCAGAGUAUGCCUUCAAGUAUGCCAUAGAUAAUAACAGGGAUUCAGUUACUGCUGUACAUAAAGCUAAUAUCAUGAGAAUGUCUGAUGGACUCUUCCUGAAAUGCUGUCGACAUGUAGCUGAAAAAAAUCCUGAUAUGAAAUUUAGAGAAAUGUAUUUAGACACAGUUUGUUUAAAUAUGGUACAAGAUCCUACUCAGUUUGAUGUAUUAGUUAUGCCUAAUCUCUAUGGGGAUAUUUUAAGUGAUCUCUGUGCUGGAUUAAUUGGAGGCUUAGGAGUGACACCUAGUGGCAAUAUUGGAGAGGAUGGUGCUAUCUUUGAAUCUGUACAUGGUACUGCCCCAGACAUAGCUGGUCAGGACAAGGCAAAUCCAACAGCUUUGUUACUUAGUGCAGUUAUGAUGCUUAGACAUCUAGGGUAUACAGAACAUGCUCGUAAAAUAGAGGCUUCAGCAUUUGAAGUUAUAAAAGAAGGAAAGGUUUUGACUGGUGAUUUAGGAGGAUCUUCAAAGUGUUCAGAAUUAACUCAAGAAAUUUGUCGGAAGGUUCAAGAAAUGGCCUAACAUAUCUUAUCUAUUUGACAUUAUUUUGCAAUAGAAUUAUUAUAGAUAUUUUUAAUAAGACAGCCAUUUUCAUUUUUGUGUUCAGUUUUUUGGAUAAUUUAAAUAAAAGCAUAUCAAUUAUAUGAUCAUAUUUUGUAAAAAUGGUUUAUAAUUUUCUACCCCUUGUCAUGAAGUACAUGUGGAAAGGUCAUGAAAAACAGUGUUCACGCUGUACUGUUAAAUCUACAGGCCCGGAAAGCUGCCACUCAGCGUGAAGACUGGAAAAAUUCAGGAAAAUAAUAAAAAAAGUAAAUUAAUUGUUAUUUCCAUCAUUAAAUAAAUUGUUAUGAUUACAAACCUUAUGUAACUGAAUGAAUUCUGAAAUUGAUUGUAUUUUGUAAUUUAUUAGAUGUCCGUAGUACCCCAUGUGAUAUUUUUAUUUUUUUUCAAUUAUAUGAAAAAAUCAUUUUAGUAUUUCACUAUGUUGUGUUCCUCGUUACAAGACUUCUGUAAACAGUUGAGGACCAUGUGCUGUUUCAAAAAAUAUUCUGAUAUCUUGUUAAUUAAAUUCAAAAUUACAAAUCUUUAAAGGCAUAAUUACAUGUGCAGUGCUACUUAAACCAUUUUAUUUUGUUCGAAAUUCUGCUCAUAUAACAUUGUUUCUUCUGAAUGAAUCUGUCAAAUUGUUCCAACUUGAGGCCUUCACAAAUUCAAGCAGGUAUUAAUGUGAGUUUUGCAAUAUCACACAGCAAUGGUAACAAUGUGCACAAGCUUAAAGAUCAAUUAAUAGAUGGAUUAAAAGUCUGUGCAGGUUUUUACACAUGGUUCAAGUAGAAAUGGAAACUGUGUAGAAGUUAGGGAUACAAUGACACUGAAGAAGACCUUAUGUAAAGAUGUUUUUUUUUUUUUUUAAAGGGAUUCAAAUAAAAGCCAUAUAUUACACGUUAUUAGAAAGGGAGAUAUUAAAACAUUUGAUAAUUCUCUCUCAAAAGUUCAAUUUGUAACUUUCUUAUACCGGUAGAAUAGAAUCUCAUGUAAAUAGACAUUUGUGACAUUAUAUUUUCUUUCAAAAUUAUAUUUUUCUCUUAGUCUGCAGUUGGUUUAUAUCCAUCAAAAUUUCUAUUAAUUUUGUUUUUUACAAAUUAAGAAAAUAGGCUGUAUCUGUAUGCCCAUUUAACACAAAUAUUUUUAAUUGCAUUGAACAGAUUACAUCUAGUAUGUCAAGGAUAAGGAAGGAAAACUUAAAAAAAUCCUGUUUAAAAGAGUUACCAUACAUUUUUCAGUACGUUUAUUUAUUAAGUCCAAUGAGGAAGAUGUGUUUUACUUUUACAAGUGGAUGUUAUUGUUUGUUAAUUUUGUUUUAUGUCAUGAAGUCAAUAAAUCUUUAUAACCUC